AUGGAGACUAUGGCUGCUCUAGGAGCCUGGUACACGCUGCGGAAAUCUCUCCACAUUCUGCAUGGUGGUUACAGCUUCUUCAGACAAUAUGUUUCCCCAUGUAUCCUCGACAGGACCAGUAAUCUCACAAAAUAUGGAGAGUGGGCCGUAGUCACUGGAGCCACAGACGGAAUUGGUAAAGCAUAUGCGGAGGAGUUGGCGAGCCAUGGUAUAAACAUCAUCUUAGUCAGCCGUAAUAUAGAGAAGCUCCAGAAAGUGUCUGAGGCCAUCACUGGAAACUAUGGGGUGAAAACUCGUUUCAUUGUGGCUGACUUUAGCUGGGGCCGCGAGGUAUAUCCUGCCAUUAAGGAAGGUCUGAGAGAUGUAGAUGUAGGGAUUCUAGUGAACAAUGCCGGAGUCUGCUAUGAGUAUCCACUUUUUAAUGAGGUUCCAGAAGACAAACUGUGGGAGAUCGUCAAUGUCAACAUUGCUGCAGCUGUAAUGAUGGUUCAUAUAGUGCUCCCUGGCAUGGUAGAGAGGAAGAGAGGAGCCAUCAUCAAUGUAUCAUCGGCAUCAUGUUACAAGCCUGUGCCUCUGUUGACUACAUAUGGAGCCUCAAAGAGUUUUCUGGAUUAUUUCAGCCAGACUCUGCAUUAUGAAUACUCUUCUAAUGGAAUUUUUAUACAGAGUUUACUUCCCUUUUUUUUGGUUUCCAAAAUGACAAAUUUUAGCAGUCUUCUUCAGAGGAAGUCUCUGCUUGUUCUCUUUGCUAAAGAUUAUGUGCAUCAAGCAGUGAGAACCAUAGGAGUGUCUCAGAGGACAGCAGGACACUGGUCCUAUUCUAUCCAGUUUAACAAACCAAGCACUUCAGCAGCAGAGACUGCCACUUUUGUGGCUGAAGCGCUGGGAUUGUUUGGGCCUAGCAAAACAAGCCAUCAAUGGGCUUAA